UGGUAACUUUCUCUCGGUGGUUGGCUGCGGUACAGCCUGCGUCAGCCUCAUUCCGCGUCACCCAUCGAGCCAGCACGGUCGUCGCGACCGGUGUGCGCUCAUCACACCACCGACUCGUGCACAUUUAUAUUUUAUUUACAUUCGAAUGUACAAUAAAAAAAAAAAGUGAUUCCGUUCAAAGAAGUCGUGCUUCUCAGCUUCGUUUUCGUAGGGUAAAUGUUCUAUUGAGUGUCCUUUGUUCGUUUGACUAUUGUUGGCGACAACAUGGGAGCAUUUAAAGCAUCAAUACGAAGCCUGUUACUCUUCACGUUAGCACUCACAGCAGAGACACAAGUAGCGAAGAACAAAGCUGACGACAGUAAUGUACAGUCAGUCCCUAGCGAUCUAAGGCGAAUGGUCAACGAAGCUCUCGCUUUGGAACGAAGAUUCUUAUUAGGCGCUAAUGAUGCAUCAAACUGUACGUACGAUGAUGAGAUCAGCAACAUCCCUUGUCCACCCAGCAAGUAUCGCAGCGCGAGCGGAGAAUGCAACAACGUUCGACAUAGGCCCUGGGGUAGAAGAGGAGAUAUAUUCUUACGGUUGAUGCCACCUAAUUACGCUAAUGAUGUAUCGCUGCCUCUGUCAACGCCUCAUCUGCCGGAGCCGUCGCUGGCCAUCCGUGCGGCGGCACACUUGUCUCUGCCAGCCGACCAUGACUUCGUGACCAGUAUGCUGGCUGCCUGGGGGCAAUUUCUUAUCGACGAUCUCGUUGAAACUUCUAAUGGCGAUAAGGACUGCGGCGAUUCCUAUUGCGAGUACAUACGCUCUGCGCCAACGAGAGACAUCGGUUCAUGUGGCUUUGAGCACCGCGAACAGAUGAACUUGGCUACAUCUUUCCUCGACGGUUCCGCGUUAUACGGAAGCUCGGAGAAGGAACUGCGGUCGCUACGUCUAUACGACGCUGGGAAAGUUGAUAUAGCCUCGUGCAGAAAAUGCAACAUUCAGACACCGACAGCUCCUCUGUACAAAGCUCUUUUAUCGGAGCACAACCGCAUCGCCGGACAACUAUACUCUUUGAAUCCCUUCUGGGACGACACCACCUUGUUCUUGGAAACGAGACGUGCUAUGGCCGCUAUCAUUCAGCAUAUCACCUACAAUGAGUUCUUGCCGGUAUUACUAGGCGAGGUGGGAAUGGCCAAAGCAGAAUUGAAAUUGACUUCCCUCGGAUUUUGGCGAGGCUACUCAAGUGCCAACCGCGCAGGAAUCUACACGGAACUGGUGGCGGUAGCGCCUGUUUUCAAGGCGAUGAUGAAUCAAAAAUUGGUCAACACUACGAUCUCUCUUGAACAUUUAAUCCACACCAGCGCCCAACACGUCUCAAGAUUCCCUCCCUCAACACAAUGGGACCUGAACAGAUCAAGAGAUCACGGUGUUGCCCCAUAUUUGAGGGCCUUAAAAAUGUGCGAACCGACAGCUGCUGUGAAGACAUUCGGAGACUUGGAGAAAAUGGGAUUUGAUCAGACCCAGCAAGAGAUGAUGGCUGAUUUGUACAGGAACGCUGAAGACAUGGAAUUAAUGAUAGGCGGUGCAAUGGAGAAACCGGCGUCCGGUGCUGUCGUGGGCUCAACACUCGCUUGUGUAUUAGCGUUGCAGUUUGCCAACAUGAAGAAAAGCGACAGAUUUUGGUAUGAAAAUGAUAUUCCUCCUUCAUCGUUCGCACCGGAACAACUGGCCGCCAUCAGGAAAGUUUCUUUGUCCGGCUUACUCUGUGCAGCUGACGACACGAUUGUGAACAUACAACCUAAGGCUUUUGUUAAGGAAGAUCCCUUCUUAAACGCUGCCCAGCAUUGCUCCCAACACAAUCGUUUGGAACUCGCCGCCUGGAGAGACGAAACUGGCGCCAAAGCAGCUGAACGUUUAUCCCACGAUAUGUUGAACGCCGCUAUUGAAAAAGCUAAGCAGGAAAUGAUCGACAGAAAGAAACUGGAAUAUAUGCUGUGGGAAUCACGUGGAGGUGCAGACCCUAAGUCCCCGGUCGGUACAGCCGCGUCGUUCUCAAAAGCCAACAAAUAUGCUUUGAAACUGGCCAACACUUCGCUGUUCUUGGAGUUUGCUACUAAUGAACUGAUCAACUCCGUUGGGGAAGGGCAUCGUCGCAAACGUCAAAUCUUCGACGACGCUCUCGGGUUCGGCACGACCAACGAUUUCGCUGAUUCAUUGCAGUCGGUCGACAUUAGCAGCUUCCUCGGACAAGAUCAACUCGGUGGGCCGACAAUAGAACCGCAAUGUGACGACAGCGGCCCGUGCGACGCUAACAGUCCGUUCAGAACGUACACCGGCUACUGCAACAACUUGAGGAACCCAAACCUCGGGAAGAGUUUAACGACCUUCGCUAGACUGCUGCCACCGGUGUAUGAAGACGGAGUCAGUCGUCCCCGCAUUAACUCAGUUACCGGAACUCCUUUACCGUCGCCUCGUGUGAUAUCAACUGUAAUCCAUCCUGAUAUAUCUAACUUGCAUACCCGAUAUACGCUAAUGGUGAUGCAGUUCGCACAAUUUUUGGACCACGAGCUCACCAUGACACCGAUUCACAAAGGUUUCCACGAGUCCAUACCGGACUGCAGAUCUUGCGAUUCGCCUCGCACCGUCCAUCCUGAAUGCAAUCCAUUCCCAGUACCACGAGGCGACCAUUACUAUCCAGAAGUCAACGUCACUUCCGGAGAACGACUAUGCUUCCCCUUCAUGAGAAGUUUGCCAGGACAACAGCAGUUAGGACCACGUGAACAAGUUAAUCAGAAUACGCCGUACAUUGACGGUUCCGUGAUUUAUGGAGAGAAUCCUUGCAUAUUCCGCAAAUUGCGUGGUUUCAAUGGACGUUUGAACGCUACAAACAAUCCUUUCAACGGUAAAGAUUUGUUGCCGCGAUCUGACAGCCAUCCAGAAUGCAAAGCCGCCAGUGGAUAUUGCUUCAUUGCUGGUGACGGCAGAGCUUCAGAGCAACCGGCACUGACAGCGAUUCACACCAUCUUCCUUAGGGAACAUAACCGAAUUGUCGAAGGCCUGAGAGGCGUGAACCCACACUGGGAUACAGAAUUGCUCUUCGAACACGCUCGUCGUAUUAUGGCUGCCCAGUUCACGCAUAUAAUCUAUAAUGAAUUCCUACCCAGAUUGCUAUCGUGGAACGCUGUCAACCUUUAUGGCCUGAAACUGUUGCCUUCCGGAUACUACAAAGAGUACUCUCCUACCUGUAACCCUGCAAUCGUGACCGAGUUCGCUACAGCAGCCUUCAGGAUUGGACAUUCAUUACUGCGACCACAUCUUCCGCGCCUCUCACCCAACUACCAGCCUGUGGAACCACCAAUUCUCCUAAGGGACGGCUUUUUCAGAACCGAUAUGUUCAUGUCUCAUCCUCCACUUGUCGACGAGCUUAUGCGGGGUCUUUCCUCAACUCCGAUGGAAACCCUUGACCAGUUCAUCACCGGCGAAGUCACUAACCAUCUAUUCGAAGACCGUCGUAUCCCGUUCUCGGGGAUCGAUUUAAUCGCUCUCAACAUCCAAAGAGCUAGGGACCACGGUGUUCCUGGAUACAAUAACUACAGGGCCCUGUGUAAUUUAAAAAGAGCUACCACAUUCGAUGACUUGGCUAGAGAAAUUCCUGAUGAGGUUAUCGCAAGGUUUAAGAGAAUUUAUGCAACCGUGGAUGAUAUUGAUCUGUUCCCCGGUGGAAUGAGUGAAAGGCCACUUCAAGGAGGGCUUAUCGGACCGACCUUUGCUUGCAUCAUUGCUAUCCAAUUCAGGCAGCUAAGAAAAUGCGAUCGUUUUUGGUACGAAAACGACAAUACGGCUGCUCGUUUUACCGAACAACAACUUGCCGAAAUCCGUAAAGCGACUCUUUCGAAGGUGCUCUGUGAUAACUUUGACAUACCCGGCGACAUUCAAAGAGCCGCCUUUGACCUACCCAGCAACUUCCUUAAUCCACGUGUACCAUGCGCAUCUCUACCUAAGUUGGAUCUGUCAGCGUGGCGUGAAAGCUCAACGCAGGGCUGUCUCAUCGCAGGCCGCUCAGUCGCUGUGGGCGAGUCCGCUUUCCCAUCACCGUGUACUUCGUGUAUCUGCACUGUAGAAGGAGCACAAUGCGCCUCUCUCCGUAUCACCGACUGCGCGCAGUUGGUCCGCGAGUGGCCGCGCGAGGCGAUCCUGCGCGAUGACGUGUGCACCGCGCAGUGUCCCACCCCCGCGCCCGUCACACACCCUCGCCCGCCUCGAAGACAGACCAUUAACUUCAAAUUCCCCGACCUGACACCCUACAUAGCGAAGUGAGCAACUACACCAUCGGACAUUGACGAUAGUCGGACUCAUCCUGACCUCGAGUGAACCGAUUACUCUCUGGGUAGCUAAACGUUCCAAACUUCAGUCACUACAUACGAAUUUUACUAUUUUCUGGCACAAAUAUGCAGACAAUUUACCCGAGCCUAUUAUAGACUUCGCAUCUUUUUUUUUCCUACCUAAGCUGAUAGCCUUGAGAGGCUAUGUCAGCGUAACCGGGCGAGUAGGUGAGCUCACGGGGCUCGAACCGGGAGUGUUGCUAACAUUGGCCCUAGCAAGAGCAGUGCUUAGCAGAAUCACAUCGCCUCGCUUACCGUCGUUCACCUUAAAACUUCAACUCGAAGUCCUAAUUAUAUUGCAGACUAGCUGACCCGGCAGACUUCGUAGUGCCUCAAUCGAUAAACAACAGACCGAAACUUUUAUAAACUUAAAACAAACAAAAGGAAUCCGUCCGACGGGGGACACAUCAAAGGAAAAACAAAAUCGUUAUUUUUAUUUAAUUCCGAGCAUUUUCAUAUUUUUUUCACCUUCUCUCACCACUUUUAAACCUUCUCUGGACUUCCACAAAUAAUUUAAGACCAAAAUUAGCCAGAUCGGUCCAGCCGUUCUCGAGUUUUAGCGAGACUAACGAACAGCAAAUCAUUUAUAUAUAUAUAGAUUAUACUGCAGAUACUAUAACGGAUAUCAUACCCCACAAAGUGAAAAGUAUGAUAGCUACUUAGCAGUAAUGCAAGUUCAGUGGUAGGCUUUCACGCUGAAUUUAAAAUAACAGUUACUUAUUAACCCAUUGUGGCACUCGGCUUUAAGCCGAUGGUAAACGACGGAGUUUAAUCUCAAAUGGCCUUGUCUGCCAAAUCGUUCUUGCAAACAUUGAGAGAAAUUGAUAUGGUCUCUCAAUCAAGUAGUUACAAUAUUGUAUGAUUACGUAAAAUGAAAUUUAAAAGUUCACAGUAUUAUGUAGUUACUGAAUUGGAAAAUCGAUUGGCGAUCGAAUCGAAUCACAAGUGUUCAAGAACAGCUUUGACCAUCUUUUUUUUUUUAAAUAAACUAAAAUUUAAAUUAUUCCACUCUAAUAUUUCAUUGUAAUAUACCUAUCAUUUGACUUGAAUUUAAGAGAUAAAAAUUUGGUCUUCAAGCUUGUUCUAGAAGUGAGGCCUAUGAAAUCAAAGGCAGCUAAACGCCAUAAUGUCGUAAAAUGUAUUAACAAUGGCUCUACCUUGUUUAGUUAGUUGAACAUGCUUUAGUGUUUUCAUGUUUUAUCAAAUGCAGCUAAACCUCUAACAAAUUCAGUUCAAAAAAGUUAAGUUUACUUUGUAUUCAGUACUAAUAAACGAAGUUUUAUCAUUUAAAAUUCAGAUUAUUAGUAAUAUUCUCAUUUUUUAUAAAUCUGUUUUAAAAUACAGAAUAUCGUAGCUAUACGAACAAAGUUAUUUCUGAUUCUCAAACCGGGAGUGUUAUCAACACUGGCCCUAGCAAGAGCAGUACUUCGAUGGAUCGGGAGGAUCCGUAAUGACGUGUUUAGGGCCGAUUUUUGUAGUUUACCUGAAUACAUAUUUGACAGACUUGGAUAUAGCUGCCUUUGAUUUUAUAGGCCUCAUUAGUAUUUAAAUGUAAAUAAAACUAGUCUAAAGGUGCGUCAACAAAUAAUUGUAAGAUUUUUUCGUAAGGUACUGCGCACUAAAUAAAACAAUAUAUUUAAGUAACAUCUUCGACUGUUAAUUUUCCAUGAAUAGAUGACGAUGACAAUAUUCAUUUAUCCGAUAAAUAUCAAGCUAUCUACCGUACAAGUUCUAGAGAUACCGUUUCUUUAAUUAUAGCUAAUAUUUGCAAAAAUUAAUUCCCAAACAAAAUUAAACUAAAUAAAAAUAUUUGGGACAUCUUAAUUAAAAUUGUUAAAUAGUCGCACAAAAUAAGCUUUUUUAAACUUCGAUAAACUAAACCGUUUCCAUGAUCCGAUAUUUCGUAAUGUUUUUUUUUUCGUUAUAGAUAUUAUAAUUAUUUCACUAACGCCAUGAUUACCAUAGAUUAGCUCACUCACUUUUUUUCCUACCUAAGCUGGUAACCCAGAGGGCUGUUCCAGCGUAACUGGGCGAGACACUCACAAUUCUCCCUGUACAAACUGUAGUGAUAUCAAACAUAAAUGAUAGAAAAUAUUUAAUAAAACCACAAUGUUACCAUAUUUUACCGUAAACUAAGAACAACAAACAACAAUAUUAGAUAAAAAUUUAAUUAAGUUUAUUCUUGUACCUUCACUGCCUAGAAAAUAAAGUUUAAGAACUCUUGUAAAUUAUUUGUAUAAUAUUGAGUAAGUAAUAGUUUUUAUGUUGUAGCUUUAGGUUUUUUUAGUUUUUUAUCUGGUAUAUCACCUAAAAACAAAAAAUAAAGAAACUUGGUAA